GUCCAUCGAGUUCUGCUGACCGCUUUGGGUGAUUGUCGAUCUGCCCUGUCCAGCAAACAGUUCUCGGACUCGACUCCAACAGAUCUGUCUGAUCAUGGGGGCACUGAGGAUAGCCUGUUGACACCGGAAGAAUUGUCAGUCCUCUGUCGCCACAUGAACGAACAGCAUUGGGCUGCACAACAAGUACAGAGAGCCAGUGUGGAACUCUUCCAGGCUCUGUUCUUUCGUGAUCGUCCGGAAAAUGAUCCGAUUCGUCAAGCGGAUGGUAUUAUUUGUCAACUGCGGGGCAACAAUGGAUUUGUGGUGCUCGUUUCCAGGUUCGGGAUCAGAGGUUCGGUUUGUGUGAAAGAUCCUCAAGGUCAGGUUGCUUGGAUGAGUACAAAAUCCGAGGAUCGGCAUCGCAUUCAAUGGAUGCCAGCCGGUGCCGGUUUCGAGGUCGAACGGGUCUACGAUUCGACCAGAGGAGAUUGUGGACGUUUGGAAGUGCGCGAUCCUCGCACGGGAGAAGUCCAACGCUACUCCAUUUUCGAUCAUGUCACCGUUGAGAUUCACGUGACCGACUCCGUCACUCACGGACUAGGAUUGCGUCUGCAACUGAUUCGAGGUCCCCACGUAACUAAAGAUUUGUCUGCAACCAAAUCGAUCACGGAUGGGAAACAGCUAGAUACUCAGCUGAUUGAGUCCGUGCAAGAUCAGGACACCAAACGACGACGGAAACGUGCUUUGGAUGAACAAGCAGCCACAGCGGAUGAGAUGGAAGCACUGGACCAAGACGUUCUCAUUGCCCGAUUGCACGAGCCCGGUUCUAUGUACCAUCACUUUCGCAAACUGCUUCGGGAAUGCAAUCCGGCUCAGCCAGUGGUUUCCCCUGGUGACGAAUAA